ACAAGCUCCUGGGGCUGCUGCGGCAAUGACUGCUCGGAGGACGAGAGUUUUAAUGUCUGUUGUAAAUGCGGAAAUAAGUAUCAUUUUGCAUGCUUAUCAAUAACGGAGUCGUCUGAAUUACCUGAAACUUGGAAGUGUCCUGCAUGCAUAAAUAAAAUGCCUAAAACUGCAAGAGUUGACACAACACCGGCCCGUAAUGUAUCUACGUCUAGGAGCAAGAAAAGGUUUGCUCUCAACUCGCCUCCAGCGCCGUCCCCCCCUGCGGCUGCCGCUACUGUCGAUGAAGUACGUUCUAUUGGCCAGGAUUUAUUCAAGCAAGAAUUCGAUUCUAUGUACAAGAGAAUAAAUGACAGUUUUUCGAAGAACCUCAAUGAAAAACUCGCACCAAUUAAGGAGGAAAUGGAGCAAAUUACAACAUCCAUGUCAUUCAUGAGUGCCAGAUUUGACAGCAUCGAAGCAGAACAUAAAGCUGCAUCCGAUACCGUAAAAGAACUGGUCGCAGACAACAUCAAACUAAAUAAUACAGUGACUCAUCUUACUCAGCGUCUAAGUUAUCUGGAACAACAAUCAAGAGCAAAUAACCUUGAAAUCCAAUGUGUCCCGGAAAGCAAGAGCGAGAACCUGAUGAAUAUAAUCUCUCAGCUUGGACACGUUGUUAAGUGCAAAUUAAAUGAGGAAGUCAUUGCCAACUGUACACGGGUGGCCAAGGUUAACCCCUCAACUGCACGACCCAGAUCGAUAGUGGUUCAGUUUGUUUCACCCAAGACUCGUGACCAGGUUCUUGCUGCCACAUACAAGUUUAAUAAAGACAAUCCAAACGACAAGUUAUGUACGGCGCACCUCGGCUUUGGUGGUGACAAAAUGCCAGUAUUUGUGGUAGAACAUCUCUCUCCUCAUAAUAAGGCCCUGCAUGCCGCUGUGAGACUACGUGCGAAAGAAAAAUGUUAUAAAUAUGUAUGGGUUAGAAGUGGUAAAAUAUUCGCUAGAAAAAAUGACGACUCAGGUUACAUAUUAAUUAAGGAAUUCAAUGACCUUAGUAAAAUUGUGUGAUUUUGGGUUGCGCGCCUAUAAACAUGUGUACCAUUCAAUAAAAAUUGUAAAAUUCGACGGGUUAAAAAUAUAUUAUCAAAACAUUCGGGGCCUUCGUACUAAAUCUCAUAUAUUUUAUAAUAAUUUAUGUUGCAAUAAUUACGAUGUUAUAAUUCUCACUGAAACAUGGCUUAACAGCUCUAUGCACGACAAUGAGCUUUUUGAUCCACGGUACGUAGUUUAUAGGCGCGAUAGAGAAUCCACGGGACAUUUGAACAGCAAGGAUGGGGGAGGUGUAUUGAUAGCUAUUUUAAGAAGCUUCCAAUCAAAACGGAUUCCCGAAUGGGAGAGUUCCUUGGAAGAACUAUGGGUAGUCUUAAAGGUUCGUCUUUCAUGUAAAGUUAAUCAACUGGCUCUUUGUGCAGCUUACCUCCCUCCCCCGGUCGGCUUGAGCAAUUUGAAAAUGUUUACUAACAAUUGCAGCAACAUAAUGGAAAAUAUUGGCCAUCCUGUAUGUAUUAUUGGUGAUUUCAAUCUCCGUCAAAUUAAAUGGUCCAUGCUAGAUGUAAAAACCUACUCUAGUUCAUUGUCUAAUACUUGCAAAACCCUUUUAGAUUUUACUUUAGUAAAUAAACUUGUCCAAUUUAAUCAUGUUACUAAUAAGACUGGGUGCACUUUGGAUCUUGUGCUGAGCAAUUUGGCAUCAUGUAUUGUAAAUAAGAGUGUGUGUCCGCUUAGCAUAGUUGAUAACCACCAUCCACCGAUAGAAGUAUCUAUUACCUAUUUUAAGGACAAAAGGUUACCAUAUAACAGCGAUACUAAAAAACCUAACUUCUAUAAGGCCGAUUUUGUUUCUAUUCGCGAGCACUUGAAAGAACUUGACUGGACCUCAUUAUUUAACACGGAUGAUACGGUAGAUACUAUGGUAGCUGUAUUUUAUAGAGAAAUUAAUAAUGUGAUUGAUAAGUAUGUGCCUUCUAAAAAACUUAAAAAAAGCUCAUACCCUCCGUGGUUUAGCCACAGUCUUAUUAAAGCUCUCAAGGAAAAAAAUAGAUUAAGACUGCGCUAUAAAAAGUAUAGUAAUCCUAUGGAUGGUAUAGAACUGGGUAUAGUCUCUAAAAGGUGUAGUAAAUUGACCGCUCAAUGUUACAAGCAACACGUUGAUAAACUUGAGGAAGGAAUCACUAGCAACCCCAAGUUGUUCUGGACCUUGAUUAAAAGUAAAAGAGGAGGCAGCAGUAGUUACCCAGCUAAUAUGUCUGACGGACACACCUCUACAUCUGAUAGCUCAAGUAUCUGUGAAUUGUUUGCCGAUGCCUUCUCAGCUGUAUUUGAUGAUGGUAGUAGUCUGGGCCCGGCUGAGUGUAUUGAUCCCAGCUUUAUUGCUGCCCUAAAAGCAAACGCCCUGGGUCUGAAUGCACCUUUACUAUAUUAUGACGAAGUGUUGGCUAGUUUAGAAUCCUUAGACGCUUGUAAGGGUGCAGGACCGGACAAUGUACCCCCUUUAUUUCUAAGAGUUUGUGCAUUGGAGUUGGCGGAGCCUCUACUUGCUAUAUUUAACAAGUCGCUAUCUGCAGGAGUUUUCCCUUCCGUUUGGAAGAUGGCUAAGGUAGUUCCAGUCUAUAAAAGUGGCAAUAACUCCCUCAUUGCAAAUUAUAGGCCCAUAUCAAUUCUAUCAGCAGCUGCCAAAAUUUUUGAAUCUCUCAUCUGCCCACACCUUCAGAGACACCUUAAGCUAUAUAUAAGUAAUUACCAACAUGGAUUCGUGAGCUC